AUGAGCACAGGCAUCCACAGAGGGGAUCUUCAGCUGGCAGCUGGUGAGCACGCCUCCCAGGAGCUCAGGGAUGCCCUUGACAGCGGACCGGAGGUCCACUUCGAAAGCCAGACUGCGCACCUGCUGGCCAUCAUCUUGAAGGUGAACCCUGCUGACCUGGAGCCCGGCAACUCCCGGUUCUGUCAGUGCCGAUGGGCACCUGUGAGAGCAGGAACCAAAACCCAGCCACCUGCUCGUGAGGCAGAGUGCUUGGGAUGCUGCUUGUGCUCCUGGUGGGAGUGGCCAAAGCCUCACCAGGAGCCCUUGGCAUCGCAGGACUUUCUCUGCAAGAUCUCCUCCAAGCUCCUUGAGGCAGAGCUCUACGAGGUGUGGAUGAGCGCCUUGCAGAGGACCAGCAGGCAGGAGAAGCUGGCAGGACUGAAAGAGCUGGCCAGCAAGCUGCCCAAGGCCAACCUCCUCCUAUGCAAACACUUGUUCACCCUGCUCCAAAACAUCAGCAGAAACAUGGACACCAGCAGGGUGACUGCCGGCAACCUGGCCAUGUGCAUGGGGCCAAACCUGCUCAGCCCACUCAAGCAGCACAUGCUCCCCCUGGAUGUCCUGGAGCAGGAGAUGGGGAAGAGAGUACCACGGACAGGAUGGGUGUACAGGAAUGUGGCGAAGCCAGAAAGCGUAUCCGAUCACAUGUACAGGAUGGCGAUGAUGGCUUUGGUGACCGAAGACAAAAGCCUUAACAAGGACAGAUGCAUACGAUUAGCUUUGGUUCAUGAUAUGGCUGAAUGCAUUGUUGGAGAUAUUGCUCCUGCAGAUAAUAUCUCAAAAGAGGAGAAACACAGGAGAGAAGAGGCAGCUAUGCAACAACUGACCCAGCUUCUGUCAGAGGAUCUCGGAAAAGAAAUCUAUGAACUCUGGGAAGAAUAUGAAAACCAGUGUACUGCUGAAGCCAAAUUUGUAAAACAGUUGGAUCAGUGUGAGAUGAUACUGCAAGCAUUUGAGUACGAAGAAUUGGAAAACACACCUGGCAGACUGCAGGAUUUUUACGAUUCAACUGCUGGAAAGUUUGUUCACCCAGAAAUACUCCAGCUUGUGUCUCUGAUUAACACAGUAAGGAACAAAAAAAUAGCUGCUACAUCUCAUCCACAUUCCUGAGGUGUUCCUAAAUGCUGUAGCUAUAAUAAAUAUUUUGUUUUAUAUGCUGUGUAUU